UGAUUACUGAUAUUAUUUCAGAGAGCAUGGCUGGAAAUAUGAAGAAAGAAAUAUUGGAGGAAGAGGUUAGAAUAGAGGAGGAAAAUGUUUGCAUCAAAGAGGAGGUAUCCUCUCCUUUUACUAUAGAGGAUACAUGUACUGUUUAUGUACACGGAGGAGACAACACUGAAAAUAUUGAGAUUAAUGAUAUUUUAGAAGUAGAUGAACCUCAUCAGCUUUGUGAUAAAGAGUUUGAAAUUCUAAACCCGUUGGAGCCAGAGAAGGAGGAGAAGGAGAAGAUAGAGGAUAGAGAUGAAAUCAUGAAAACAUUUAUGUUUAAACUACACAAGGAGCUUAGAAAAGAUAUGAAGGAGCUAAAACAGGAAUUGAAAAAUUACAUCGACAAAAAAUUUUCUAAACUCAAGGAUCCGGAAUGUGAAGCACCAGCUUCCAACACCUGCAGAGUGCAUCAAGGAAUGGUAAAAGGAGAGGAGACUUUAGUUAAUUUAGAAAUGAUGAUUAGCCAGUUUCCAAAUGAGCUCGAAGUUCUGAAGGAAGCAAUGAUGCAUUACAAUUCUCCUAGAGAAUUCUUUUUGUUCAUUGGAACAUAUGAAUCUUAUGUUGAUUUAACAGCAGAGAGGUUCAGAGAAGUAUGUCCAACAUUUAACAAUCUACUACUUGCAACUUUUGGUGGAGUAAACGCUGCCUCAAGACGGGCUGCUAGGUUAGAUAUUUCCUAUGUGUUCUACAGAGCAAAAUCCAGAAUAGCGGACAGGAAAAGGAAGAAGGAGAGAAGAAAAGAAGAAAGGGAAAGUAGAGAAAAUGGAGGGAAAGGGGAAAAGAAGAAGAAAAUGGUGAAGUUGGGUUGAAAAAGAGCUGACUAGGAUAAGAAACAAUUUUUGUAUAAAAAUAUUAGAAAUAGAAGUAAAGAGCUGAUAAAUUCAUGAACGAAUGAAUUCAUAAUAAAUGAGAAGUGCGGUUA